GAAACUAUCUUUGUAAUAUCCAUAACAUUUGGCCCAUAUAAUCUAAACACAUAAUCAUGAGUUUAGUACCGCUGUUUACGCUAAUCACUAUCAUCAACCUUUACUUGUCGAUAGCACCUUCUGAAAAUAAAAUACCAAGCAUCGCAUGAUGUCUCUUAUUUCAGAGAUGCUUCAUUAGGGUUUCGAAAACACUUAUCCAUAGAAGAAGAAACACUACAAUGGCGACACAAUUGGUUGCAACAACCUCAUCAGAAACCAACAAUGUUCAUCAAUUCUUCAAUCAAUUAGAAUCUCAAAAAAACACGUUAAUCAAAUGUACCGACCUAUUCACCAAACUCUCCAACCAUUACUCUUCUCUUCAAGAUUCAAUUUCCCAAAAAUUCCAAACCCUAGAUUCCAAAUUUCAAUCCCUCGAAUCACGUUCAAAAGAAACCCUAGAAUCUCUCAACAAUCAAGAGAAUUCAAUUCCCGAACGUGAAUCAUCCGCCGCUGCACUUAUCGAUGAACAGAAGGAAGCCGCACUCGCUGACCUCCGUAAAUCUAAUCCGCUGGAAGCCGAUAUCUCCGAUGCACUUAAAUCUUUGUCACGGAGAAUGGACGCUUCGGGUUUGCUUCGGUUCGUUGUUUCGAAGCGGAAAGAGUCGAUAUUGUUGAGGCCGGAGAUAGUGGCGGCGUUAAAAGAGGCCGUGGACCCGCCAAGAUUGGUGCUUGAUGCAGUGGAAGAUUAUGUCAAGAGUAAAACAGAGGCGAAAUCUGGUGUUACUGAUAAGAGAUGGGCUUGUGGGCUUUUGAUUCAGGGGUUGAUUUCGGAAACUAGUGUGUAUUCUAGAAGGAUUGUAGAGAGAGCUGGGAGUCUUGUGGAUUUGUGGAAGGAACAGCUGGAUGGAGAAGCGGAGAAGAGUGCUGCGGAAAUGGUGAUGUUUUUGCAGAUUGUGGCUUGUUUUGGGUUAAGGUCGAAAUUCGAUGAUGAGUAUUUGAGGAAAUCUGUGAUGGAGUUUGCUUCAAGGAGGGAUAUGGCUAAGGUAGCUGCUUCCUUAGAAUUCGGAGACAAGAUGAUAGAUAUUAUAGAUGAGCUAGUAAAAAAUGGCAAAGAGAUAGAAGCUGUUUAUUUUGCUUCAGAAUCUGGUUUGACUGAAAGAUUUCAACCAAUCGAGCUACUCGAGUCUUAUGUGAAGAACUACAAAAAUAAUGUUGCGACAAUAUUGAUGAACGGAAAUAACAGUCAGGCUGCAACGGAUGAAUCAAACACUUUGGAGUUGAAUUCGAUUAAGGAUAUAAUCAAAUGUGUGGAAGAUCACAAACUUGAAUCAGAAUUUAAGCUUGAUAAAUUGAAAAGACGGGCAUCCCAAUUGGAGAAAAGCAAGGCUGAGCGAAAGAAGCCUUCGUCGUCAUCAUUUGGAAGUAGAACAUUUGUAACUGGAAGUAGAUCUCGAAAGCGUGGCAGUCGAGGGAGUGGAUCCACCUCUUCUCGUCCAGCCAAGUCAGCCAAAACUAGUGCAUACCCGUCAUCCUUUAGUCGCAGAAACCUGGCUCCGCUACAUCCUAGUCCUAGUCCAAGAUAUUCUGCACCAUUACACUACCCAAGCCAGACUAUGAUGGAAAGUUCAACUGCUGCUAAUCCUUAUGCAGCAACCUAUGGAACCUCCAUCACUCAAAGCCCAGCUGGAAUAGGAAUAACACAACAACACUACUCAUACCCUGUUGACAAUUUAGGUCCUUCUAGUUACCUAUCCAACAAUUCUUAUGCAGGACAGACUAGCUAUGGCCUAUAUGAUUAUGGAAGUGCUGCUCCACCAACUUAUCCAUACACAGUAGAUCAAACCAACUAUAGGGGUUGAGUUUUCUAUUUCCCCCUCAGUAAUUUGUUGGUUGUUGUCUUUUUGUGAUGCUACUUUCAUCUAAUUCAUUUCCUGUUGCGUGUCAAUAUUGGAAAUAGAACAGUUUCCUAGGAAUGUAGUAUUUCUUAAAAUGCAUAGAUCUAUGGUGCCAAUUCAAAGUGGAUUACUGAUGAACUUUUAUGUAAUAGUUAACAUUGUUAUAAUUAUAGUUUAAAUUAGAUACUUUGUCCUUUAACUUA